UCGCCAGUCCCUAUCGACGCAAACCCGAUGCAAACAAUCCCGACGCCCAGAUUGUUAUUCUUCUUGUUGACAAUUCACCGCGUUGUGGACGUUGCUUCGAUUAGAUCAAGGACGGCUUGAUUCUUCAGCCCCACCAAACGGCUCUGCUCUUAGCGAGAACACAUAUAACUUUCAGUCGGAUCAGACUCCACUUCCACGACAUACCUUCUAUUCGGGAUUGGAGGCCUGAAGAUAUCCUCUUGUUAAUUUCAAACCAGGCUCUUCUCGAACAGGACGGCGAGGUCACCGUGACAGGUAUGGCCGAUCCAACAGAAAUGCUGCCUGACAGAAUACAAGAUUUCAUUAAUCGCGAAGCGGCCAUUAUCAAGGCAGAGGGCAAGCAUUCCUACACUGCAGCAGCCUGGGUGGAAUCCACAAAUGCCACUUUUCUUGCUGCCUCGUCGACUAACGAACACUAUCUCCCAUUGUUAUCUAUGUUUUUAGGGCAAGGCGAGACCAUUAGCGAAACUUUGCCAUUCGCGGAACCGGGUCAUUCCAUUGACUUGCCUCCUUUGGGCCCGCUGGAACGAUCUCAAAGUCGGGUGAUCCAAAAUUUCUUCAACCACCAAGUGUCCCUUGUUCAUGCGCCCGCUGGUAGUGCACUACAAUCUACUAUAGUCGCAGUUGCGGAAGCGGUUUUGCGAGAGGCCCCUCAGACGAAGAUCCUGAUCUGUGGGUACACAGAUACAGCGGUGGAUAAGAUCGCCGACGGGUUCGUUUUCAGAGAAAAUCUCUGCGACUUCCGAUUUCAUCAUCUCCAUCUUCAGCAUGGAAAGACGUCCAGUCUCGAGGCUUUCAGACUCAUCGUAUGCACAUACUCAUCAUCUUGGGAUGAAUGGCCGAAGGAAGGCUGGACACCUCAUGUGCUUAUUGCCGCAGACGCUGGCAUAUUAGCGAACGACGAGUUUCUGAUGCUAUUGUCUAAACAUUUUACCAGUCUGACGAGAUUAGUGCUAUUGGGUGACCAUCGCCAACUCGGUCCUUAUGCAAAACCUCUCAGAGGUAAGACAGAUGGGCAUAAGUCUGUCUUCGAAAAGCUUAUGGAGGAGCGAUGGCCUAGCUGUAUGCUUGAUGUCGAUCACGUAACACAUUCGGAUCUCUGUUCCCUGAGAAGCAAGGUCUUCUAUGGCCACCAACUGCAGGCAGCGCGACGGACUGGAGACCCCGGCCUCUUUUUGUCCAAGAUGCUAGAGAGACUUGCGGCAGGUCUGCAAAUCGUUGACGAGAGGGGCAAAGCAACAAGGAUCACGUCCUUUGCUCACUUCUUCGACAUUGAUGAUCCGACCGCUGUCAAUGAACAACCGCAGGCCAACUUUGUGGACGUGCUUGUCAGAACCCUACUUUCUACAGGCGCCUGCCAGAUGUCCCAGAUCAUGGUCGUAUCCGGCAGCGAUAGCAGCAAAGUGCUUUUGUCAAGGAACGCGACGACUGGGUGGGACAAAGUGCCAAUCCAUACUGUCCAAUCUGCUCAAGGAUUGACAGCCAACGUCGCCAUUUUCUGUCUGCCGCGAAGCCACGAGAAAAUGCUGCAGUCACCCAUGUGCACGAACAGGGCUGCCUGCGUCAUCACAUCUCUCGCCAUAGACAUGAUCCUCUUCGUUGGCAAGUGGAGUGCUGUGUUCAAUCUACCCCACAACAACGAUUUCCAGCGGACAAUGAUUCAUAUGGAUCAGAACGUUACGGGUUUCCUGCGGAGGGUGGGAGUCUUCCCUUGGAAGAUAGAAGGGCCUGCUGUCGAUGAACAUGGUGAGGGCUAGUAGCCUGUUUUUCCAACUCGCUCAUGCAGCGAAGACUGGAGAGGGAGAAUGAAACGCGAUCACGGCGAUACAUGAUUUGCAUAUUGUUUGUCCAGCGAGUAACGGGACUGGUGGAUGAUGGAAAAUGCGGAGGUAUUUUGUCGUUAUGUUCUAUAUCUGCUAUGCUUGUCGCGGAUCCCCGUCUUGGUUAAUUAUGAGGCUAGGCAAAGACGACAUCUGUCUGUCAUGGUCACAUUGAUGAGCAACACAUACUGGAUUCGCUGGGCGGACUAAUGACUAUACG